AAAAAGUUUGUUUCUGCCUUUAGUCAUGACUCCACGGAGUUUUCUGUAAUCGUCCUCUGGACUUUUAUUUUGAAGGAGAGCAGCUGAGCUGCCCCGGAAGCUCUAUUCUUUCCUGUGGCUAACUUGACAGUGUUUGAACAAGAUGGCGUCGAGCAGAAACGUCUGUUAGCAGAGUAUCUUUGUUGUUAGUGAUACAGUGUGUGUGGACCUCAGCAGCAGGGAUCCGUCAGAGCCUCUGUGUGACUGAAUACACUUUAUAAUUCUGGAGGUUUUAACUCUGACUCAACUUCCGGCAGACCACGGAACCGGCGGAGUUAGCUUAGCGUGCUAGCUGUUAGCGGAAGUUAGCAUCACAGAGCGGCUGUCGGAGAGACUGAAGAUGUGUAAAGUCCAAAUGCUGAGAGCGUUGGUAAAGCAGCGACUAACUGCGGCUGCUGAAGAGAUAUUUGGGCUGUUUGAAAGAACGAUAGCAGAGUACGAGGAGCAACUUUGUCGCUCAAAAGAGGAGAACGAGCGACAACGGAAACUACUGGACGCUGUUUACAACCCUCAGCUUAGGUUACACAGAGCAGAGGUCCAGCAGCAGCUGUUGGUGGUUAAAGAAGAGGUUCCCCCUGAGCAGCAGGAGUGGAGCUCCAGUGUGGACCAGGAGGACCCAGAGCCCCCACACAUUAAAGAGGAAGAGGAGGAACUGUGGAGCAGUCAGGAGGGAGAGCAGCUUCAAGGGCUGGAGGAGGUUGAUAUCACCAAGUUCCCAUUCACUCCUGUCCCUGUGAAGAGUGAAGAUGAUGAAGAGACACCUCAGUCUGAGGGACACCACUGUGGAGGACCAGGACCAGGACCAGGACCGCCCAGACCGGGACCUGGUGGAGGAGAACUACCAGUGCUCAGAGGAGGAGAACUACCAGCGCCUGGAGGAGGGGUACGACCAGUGCUCAGAGGAGGGGAACUACCAGUGCCUGGAGGAGGGGUACAACCAGUGCCUGGAGGAGGGGUACAACCAGUGCUCGGAGGAGAACUACCAGUGCUCAGAGGAGGGGAACUACCAGUGCCUGGAGGAGGGGUACAACCAGUGCUCGGAGGAGAACUACCAGUGCUCAGAGGAGGAGAACUACCAGUGCCUGGAGGAGGAGUACGACCAGUGCUCAGAGGAGGAGAACUACCAGCGCCUGGAGGAGGAGUACAACCAGUGCUCAGAGGAGGAGAACUACCAGCGCUUGGAGGAGGAGUACGACCAGUGCUCAGAGGAGGAGAACUACCAGCGCCUGGAGGAGGAGUACGACCAGUGCUCAGAGGAGGAGAACUACCAGUGCUCAGAGGAGGAAUACGACCAGUGCUCGGAGGAGGAAUUCGACCAGUGCUCGGAGGAGGAAUACGACCACUGCGCGGAGGAGGAGUGCGACCAGUGCUCGGAGGAGGAGUGCGACCAGUGCUCGGAGGAGGAGUACCAGUGCCCAGAGACUCUUCUGAACCAGACACUGAUGACGAGACCAGAGACCCUGUUGUCGCUGAGAUUGAAGUCAGUGUUGAUGACUGGAAGGAGAUCAGAGAACCUCAGUUGGGUUUAAACUCUCUGGGAAAUAAUGACGUCCCUGUGAAUCAUCUGAAACGAUUCAGCUGCUCUGAGUGCGGGAAAAGUUUUGGCCUGAAGGCGACGCUGAAGAAACACCUGAGGACUCACACCGGAGAGAAACCGUUCAGCUGUAUCGUUUGUGAGAAAUCUUUCACACAGAGAGGAAGUCUUCAGUUACACCUGCAGAUCCACACCGGAGAGAAACCAUUUGGCUGCGUAAUCUGUGAUUUCAAAUGUCGGCGAAAAUCAUAUCUGCAGAAACACAUGAGAACUCACACAGGAGAGAAACCAUUUAGCUGCUCCGUCUGCGGUCAAAGGUUCACCUGGUCUCAACAGGCCAAAAGACACACCUGUGCCAACCGUCAGCCGUCACAGCUUCAUCAGACUCAACCUGAGCAGAGCAGAGUGGCGGAGCCUCCAGACGGCACCUCAGCUGAUGGAAACAGAAGCUGAUGGACACCACUGUGGAGAACCGGGUCCAGGACCAACCAGGAAUUCAGGUCCAGGCACUGAGGACAAGUCCGGAGACUCUUCUGAAGCUGAGAGUUACGACAGUGAUGAUUGGACGGAGACCAAAGAACCUCAGUCACCUUUAGACUGUGAAAAAUGAACUUCCUGUUUGUGGUAUGACUCAUGUCACUGUGGGCUGAGUGUGUCUCUGAAAUAAAUCUAGUGUGCAUGAAAACUCAUUUCUGUUCUUUUA